CUCUCAUAUCCCAUCACACACACACUCUCUCUUCCUCUUCUUGCAUUAGAUUCUAACAACCAACUUCCAACUAAUUAAUUAUAUAUAUACAAUCAUCUGAAAUAACCCAAUUCUGGUGGGGGCUCGUUAACCUAAUCAUUCUCAAAUUUUUUUAAUUUUUUUUUUCCAUUAAUGACACAAAAUAAAUAACAACCUAAAUUUGAUUGUGGCAUAUUAAAGGGAGGGGGAGGUAGACAACCUUUUAAGGAUUGAAGUCAAAGUCAUGGAAGAUUUACUCGGCCUUUUAAGGAUUCACAUCAAGCGCGGGGUCAACCUCGCCGUUCGUGAUGUCAGCACUAGCGAUCCAUACGUGGUCGUUAAGAUGGGCAAGCAGAAGCUCAAGACUCGUGUGAUUAAAAAGGAUGUUAAUCCUGAGUGGAAUGAAGAGCUCACACUCUCUGUUACAGAUCCCAUUCGUUCAUUUAUACUGACUGUGUAUGACCAUGACACAUUCAGCAAGGAUGACAAAAUGGGGGAUGCAGAAUUUGACAUCUCACCGUAUAUAGAGGCCAUAAAGAUGAACCUAGAAGACCUCCCGAGUGGAACUAUAAUCACAAGAAUAAAACCAUGCAGGACAAACUGCCUGGCAGAGGAAAGUUGCAUCACUUAUGAAAAUGACAAAGUUGUCCAAGAUGUUGUCCUCAGAUUGCGAAAUGUGGAAUGCGGUGAAGUGGAGAUCCAAUUGCAGUGGAUUAAACUUCCUGGCUCCAAGGGUGUAUCAUGAUUUUAUUAUUUGCAUGCUUUAAUUCAAGAAUGCUGUGUGCCUAACAAUUAUACUCACUGUGUAUGCCUAUUGCCUAUUGCCUAUUGCCUAUUGCCUACCUAUAUAUAUAUAUUUAUUUAUUUUUAUAA